GUAUAAGUGUGUAAGACCCGCAGAUGCAUGUUGAUAGCCGAUUGAUAUAGGAAACUCGUUGGCGCAACUCAACAGACUGACUACUGAGUUUAACAACAAGCUAAAAUACGCUAAACAAAACUCGUGUCUACUUGAUAAUAAAUAACUGUAAAGCACAAAAUUCAACACUCAGUUAUUAUUUAUCCUUUGAAUUUAAAACAACAUAUUAUACUGUCUGUUUUAUUUAUAAACAAAUUAAAAAUUGGAGCAGUAUAAUCUUUGUUAAAAGAGAUUAAAAAAAUCAGGACAUGAAAUCAUUUUUAAUAUAUUUUGUUGUUAUCAUAAGUGUAAUAAUUAAAUUUGGAUAUGCUGAGGAUUGCAAAGGAUGUGUUCCUCUAGAUGGUCUAUCAUUUGACAAGGUAAUUAAAAAAUUUAAAUAUUCAGUUGUUAAAUUUGAUGUUGCAUUUCCUUAUGGUGAAAAACAUGAAGAAUUUGGUAAAGUAGCUGAAUCAACAUAUCAAGUUGAUGAUUUAUUACUAGCUGAAGUUGGAAUAAAAGAUUAUGGAAAUAAAGAUAAUUCAGAAUUAGCUAAACGUUUUAAUGUUGAUAAAUCAGAUUUACCAGUUGUAUUGUUAUUUAUAAAUGGCAAAAAUGAACCAGAAAAAAUUGUUGAUGGAAAAUCAAUUGAUUUUACUGAAAAUAAUAUAAAAAGAUUGAUCAAAUUAAAAACUGGAAUUUAUAUUGGUCUUGAUGGUUGUAUUGAACAACUUGAUAGAUAUGCACAAGAGUUUAAGCUGGCUGAUGAUAAUGAAAAGAAAGCUAUAUUAGAAAAAGUUAAAAUAUUUGAGACAACAUUAACAGAUAAAGAACAACGUAAUGUUAAAUUUUAUAUCAAAACAAUGGAACGUAUUAUUGAACGUGGUGAUAUUUUUGUACAAACUGAACAAACAAGACUUGAUAGUUUUUUACAAACUAAAUUAUCAAAUGAUAAAAAACAAAAUAUUGAAGAACGUAAAAAUAUAUUGUUAUCUUUUGCAACACACGAUGAGCUAUAACAUUCCAAAUGAAUCUACUUAAAAGUCAAUCAGACUGUUUAGCAUUAAAAUUUUAUCAAAUAAAUAAUUAAC